AUGGGUCUUCUUCGUCGCGCGCGCAAAUCGAACCCCUCGGGAACGGAAGGAGGGAAAUCUGCCCCGCAAUCCUCUCGCAUCGAGGAGAGGUUACGAACGGCACGAAUCUUAGCCGAGGAGGACGACGACGACGACGAGUUACACGGGAGAAGUAAACGAACGAAAGCGCAAAUCGAACGCGAUUUGAGCGAUCCGAGAGUGCACAAACGCAUCGUGGAGAACUUAUACGGCGCGUAUAAAAGCAGAAAAGAGCGAAAGAAAAACUACGUCUCGUUAUUCUCGUUCAUUUUCUUCGUGUGUUUCUACCUCUCGAUUCUUUUCUUGCAACGAAAAGCGGGCGAGGCGUAUAGGCUCACGUCGACGUUGAACUCGGUGUUGAUUCCGCAAAGGAAAGAGUUCACGUCGUCGAGAGAAAUCAUCGAUUGGGCGAGUGGGGUGGUGAAUACGUUGUGGACCGAUGCGGUGUGUGGGGACGGCGUGUGUUCGGAACCGUUUGAGUUUCCAGAGUACGGGAGGUUCGGGUGUAAGGCGGAUUGUUUGCGCUGGAUUCAGACGAUGAGCGUUACGGAAGUUCAGUUGGAUUUAUACUAUAAUUUUACGCAUCCGAGAGGUUCGGUGAACCCGGUAGAUUUGCAGAAGGACGCGACGUGGAAUUUAUGCCCGAAAGAGCAGGACGAGAUCACCGGGAUUGCAAAGAUAAGACACGGGAAGGAUUGUUAUUACGAAACAGAUCAACCGUUUCCUUCGCAAAGCGGUCAGGUGCAAGUUUUGCUGGACGACGUUCCGGAUGGCACGUGGUCGGUGCAAAUGAAGAAAGAUAUCUUUUUGAAAGUUGGCGGGGCGGUGCGAGAGAGGCAAAACGUGACGCACGAGGAAAAGAGACACCGGAUUUUGUUGGCGCACCAUUACGCGAACGUGGCGAGAAAGCACGAGAAGAAAAUCUUGGAAAAGUUACGAAUUGACUUUUUGGAUUUGGGGAAAGGCUUCGCGCACAGAAAGCUGAACGAGUUGCACAAUUCGGAGUUGACGAACUUGAAGGUUGCGCACAGCGAACAGUUCGUCAUCGAACGGGCGGAUUACGGCGCGAGUUACAACUUGGCGAAUAUUCGCGGUUGGUAUAACUCGACCGUGUAUAACUCGACUAUUCAGAUUUUGAACCAAACGUUCGCGAAUAAUCACACUUUGGUGGAUUACGCCAGUGAUCCGGAUUUGGAUUGUAUGCCAAUCAUGAACGACAAUUCGACGAGUCAAUACGGCGUCAACACUUCGGAUUGGAACGCAGAUUGGUGGAGUAAUGUAGACGCCGCCUCCACGAGUACCAAAGAAACGACCGUUUUCGGUGUAAAUAUGAUUGGAGAUUUGUACAUUCACCCGCCGUACGGUUUGUCGUACUUUUGCGAGUGCGAGAAGGAUGCCGAAACCGGGAAAGUGACGGCGUGUUUGGACAAGUGCGUCGGGAACGGCGUGAACACGACGAUGCCGGAUCCAAACCAAUUGGCGUGUACAGAAACGUAUAGAUUCUUGCGAAACGUGUAUAACCAAGGCAUCGCGGACGCGUGGUCGACGUUGGCUGCGUACGAGACGCAAGCGCUGGAAUUGGCCGACGCGGAAGAAGUGGAUUUCUUGAAGGCGUUUCAAGCGCAACAAAACGUCGAGUAUUACGACAUGAUUAAAAUGGAUGGCUUGGAAGGUGAUGCCGUUGCCACGGCAACAUACGAUAUUUUGAAGGCGUACGUUAUCUCUAGUGAACACUCCGUUGGUGGUAAAGAUAACGCGUAUUCCAAAGUCAGAUACGCCAACUCCGGCAAGUAUCCAGAUCAUCGAGAACAACUCGUUCCAUUCCUCGCGGCGCGCAUUCAAGAUUUGGAGAAAAAAAUGCAAGAUGUACCAGUGUACGACAGCCCUUGGAUAAACGGGAAUUCGACGUUCAAGAAACCAAAGAUGCCGGUUGUCGAUGAGAUCCAAAAGUUUUACACCGCGGAAACGAUUUCGGGAUUUCACGACGUGACGACGCGGCUGAAUUACACUUUGGCCGAGUUCAACCGUAAAGUUAUUGAGCGCAAAGAUUACGCGUAUUUAACCUGUAACAUCGCCGAACGUUCGGAUAUUUACAGAGGCACGUGCACGGACCCAACAACUGUUGCUGGACCAAAGUGGUGGGAUCCCUGGACAAACGGCACGUCCGUUUGGCUCACGCAGUCGAGAUACAAGAGAAUGUGUAAUUAUUUGUGUUUGUGUGGCGGGGGGACUGGCGCGAAUAACAACUGCAACAAAAAUACCGGUGAAGUCUGCGUGUGUGAGGCGUGCGAAGACGAGGGCAUGUUUGAUACCGUGGAGUACUUGAACGCAACCAGGGACGGUCAAGUUGGGUAUGGCAGAAAGUUGUUGCAAGCGCACGAACCAAACACGCAGUUUACGCAAAAGUAUAGACGCGCGAUGUUGCAAACGGCGGAAACGACGGAAUCUACCGUGACGCUCGACGAUAUCAUGACCGCAGUGUCCGCCAUUGCGACGAACCAGACGUCUUUAGACACCGCCAUGGCAGAGUUGAAGAAGGAUCAAGAAACCGCAACGGAUAAAGCGACGGCGUUUUUUGAAGAUAAAAGACUCGAACAAAUGAUGACGACUGGUUUUACGGAUUUAAAAGCCGAGCACGACUCGCUUUCCGAGCAAUUGGACGAAAUCGUGGCGAAACAAAAGGAAGCUUUAGCCGCGGCGCAAGCGUCUCUUUUAAUUCAACAAAGAACGAGCGAGUUGUUAGAGGCUGGUUUGAAAGCUAUCGAUAAGCUCACUCGCGCUGUUGAAAAGCAAAGGUUGACGAUUCGAGACGCUUGGUUGUCCGGCGCGUUUAAAGAUAUUGGGUCGUACAUUCAAAUUCAAGAAGAUUCCAUCAAUUCUCGAGAGUUCAAAGCCAAAGAUGCGAUUUUGAUGAACGCUCCGUGUCAAAUGGGCCCGGUCAAUCGCGUCUUUGAAGUUGAAAACUUUGACAACGAAGACCCGCCCGAAGCGUUCAGAGAACGCUACGUAGGCUUAUCCAACCGCGUCGUCGCCGGUAUGCUCUUUUACGUCAAAAGGAAAGAGUUGAAUUUGUGCGAUAACGAUCGUUUCGCAGAAUUGGAUAAAUUUUGCCCUGGUGGUACCGAUACGAACGCGUACGGCGUCGACCCGGUUUUCAAACUCGGAACGCCAAUGUUCAACGCCGAUUACGACAACGUGAAAACCAUCUCGCAAGUAUACGAUUGCACGAAAAUUGGAAACGCCACGUACGAUUUACGCGUUGAAGGUACGAAUAUCACCGCAAACAAUGCGCCGUAUUGCGCGGAGUUAUUCAACUCUCGAGACGUUCCGUGGGGCUUUCAUUCCAUGGACAUUUCCAAUUCGUACACGAAAGGGUUCCCGUUUUUGAUCGAUAUCAAUUUGGACGCCGCUGGCGCGCAACGAUGGUUGGACUACAUGGAAUACGGUUUGUUGUUAUCCGACGCGCAAACGGAUGAAGUUUCCGCGCAAGUUGUCGUGUACAACUCAGAGCUCGGGUAUUUUGGAAACACCAUGGUUUACUUCAAGUACAUCGACGGCGGUAAGAUUGUCGUGACCUACGAGAAUCAAACCAUCAAGGUUCAGUAUUACGAAAACUGGCAAGAUAUGUUACGGUUUGCGAUGGAAAUCGCCUUGGCUAUUGGCGCAUUAUACUCCGUCUACGACGAGUUUAUGGAUUUCAUCUUGACUAGGAAGAGAAACGACGGUAACUGGAGAGCGUACUUUGAAUCCGCGUGGAACUACAUCGACGUCGCGUCGAUCACUAUUCACUUGGGCGUCACCGUCAUGUGGGUGAUAUUUUCAAGAGUCGGUUGCCCGCGAUUUGAUCCAUCAAUCCAUUACAAAAUUUACAAAAACAUCGACGCAUCUGCAUUUCAAACCAGAUUGUUUGAGAACCACGAGUUCACAGAUUUAGGUAACAUGUUCUCGGACAUGUACGCGUUAGUGACGUUUUUGCAAUCGUACAUGGCGGUGUCUGGGAUCAACAUCAUCUUGUUGAUGUUGAGAGUUUUGAAGUUGAUGGACUUCCAACCUCGUUUGGGUGUGAUCACGCACACGUUAGGUUUGGCGGCGCCAGAUUUGAUUCACUUCUUCACGAUUUUCAUGAUGGUUUUCACUGGUUUCGCGUUCAUCGGGCACGUCAUUUUUGGUUUUGGGUCGGUAUACUUCUCCACGUUCGAGGAAUCCUUUCACACGUUGUUCAAAAACUUGUUGGGCGACGUCGAGUAUUUCGUCGUCGAUUUGGUGGAACUCCCAGGUUUAACCUACAUCGUCGCAAUGAUUUACUUUUACUCGUUCAACAUCAUGGUUUUGUUCAUCUUAUUCAACUUUUUGUUGGCCAUCAUCGUCGACGCGUUUGGCGAAGUCAAAGCGAACGCGAGCGAAAGUAUUUCUGUACACACGGAAGUCAACCCGAUGAUCUCGGAUUCGUGGAGAUCAUUCUCCAGAUAUUUCGGUUUUCAUCGAGACCACAUUUCAUCGGACAAGUUGUUAGCGCAAUUGAAGCGAUGGAGACACGGUUUAGAUCCGGAUUACGAGUCCACGGAUUCCGAAGACGAAGUCAUUCCGUACAUCCCGCCCGGAGAAAACGUUAUUCGAUACGACGACGACAGAGAAAUCGACCAGCUCGGUUUACGAAGAGUGUUAAGAAAAGCGGUCAUUGCCACGGAAACUAGCAGAGAUCCAAAGUUCCGCUUACGUUCGGACCCAAUCGGUUUGGAGAAAGAUAUGGACAGAGUCUCCAAGGAAAUUUCCAAGCAAGAAGGCACGUACGAGAACCUCGAAAACCAAAGAGGUAUCGAUACGGCUGAAGAAAUCGCGGGCGCGGCGAAAUUGUUCAUCAAGCAAGUUGGCGAACAACCGAGAAUGAUCUUCGAAGACGACGAAGAUCCCAAAAAAGAAGAGUUGAAAACGGAAGGUGAGAGUUUAGCUGAGGCGUUGGAGGGUAUGGUCAAGAUGCAAAAUAGAAUCGUGACAUCGAAUCGCAGGAUAGCCAUAGGCAACGAAGAAGCCCAGGCUGCGGAGGCACGCUUGCACGCUUUGGAAGCUCGAUUGACUCGUCUGAUGUCGUAA